CUGGCAUCCAAAGCCAUCUUUGCUUUGUUCCUGCCCCGGGUGUCGGGCUUGCGCUGGUCGUCGCGGGGCUUCGCUCUUCUUCAGCAUCAGCACCAUCAUCAUCUUCCUCACUCCUCUUCUUCCUCCUCCGUCUUGUCCUCCUCCUCCUCCUCUUUUUUUUAAAUAUAUAUAUAUAUAUAUUUUUUGCAACCCGCGUACGCGCCCUCGGAUCUCUGCCCGUCUUCCCGGCGUUGCUUGCCUUUUGUACAGUCGCGGGCUUUUUUUCCGCCGUCGCCGCACCACCACCACCACAGCAGCUCUCCCCCCUUUUCCCUCCCCGCCGGGCCAGCCAUGUCAGACACAGCCGUGGAUACCAGCUCCGAGAUCUCCACCAAGGAUUUGAAAGAAAAGAAGGAAGUUGUGGAAGAAACAGAAAACGGCAGGGAUGCUCCCGCCAAUGGCAACGCCGCGAACGAGGAAAACGGCGAGCAGGAGGCGGACAAUGAGGUAGACGACGAAGAGGAAGAGGUUGGCGACGAAGAGGAGGAUGAGGAAGAAGGUGACGGCGAAGAAGAAGAUGGCGAUGAAGAGGACGAGACUGAAGGUCCAACCGGCAAACGGGCAGCUGAGGACGAUGAGGACGACGACGUCGAUCCGAAGAAGCAAAAAACCGACGAAGACGACUAGGGAGUAGAAUAAUAAAAAGAAUCAACUUUUUUUUAAACUUUAAAAAAAAAAAGAGGAAAGAUUUUUUUUUUAAAAAAAAAAAGGCCGGCGUGACCUGCUUUUCACCUUUGAAAAACUUCCUGUUACAAACAAAAAAAUACGUCCCCCUGGUCACCGUCAUAAAGUAGAGCAAACAAGCAAAAAAAAAAAACACACCCCACCCGUUAAAGCCGUACGACGUAGAGCUGCCAUUUUUCCCCCAACUUGUAAAAACAAAAAAACCAACCAACCCCGAAAAUCUCCCUCCUUCCCUUCCCCCGUCGUAGGUGGGGGGUGGGGUGAGGAGAGGAGGGUGGGUGAUCCUGUCUGCCCCUCCCCCUCUGCCCCUCCCCCACCGGAAAC